AAAUGCGUUUAAACCCGCGUAAGUUAAAGCAAUCGUCCUCCUGAAGGUGAGUGAUCAGAAUCAAUCGCCGAUUAUAACGCUGUGUGAUUCACAAAUUUGCUGGAAUUAACGUUUCUGGAUUGUUGAAUUAUAAAGCUAUCGUAAGCACGCUAUCUGUGUAAGGAGAUCAUUAUAUUGUCACCGGAAUAACGUUUUGAAUAACAGCACAACACAACAGAUUUAGAGAUGCAUGAAGUCUUUUACAAGAAAAGAGCAUCAUGUUUAAAGAUCACAGAAUCAGUUUGGGAGACGAGAUUUCCAUGUUUGGAUUGAUACUAGCCAACCGUUCUGCAUGCCUUCACUACUACUUCCUAGGUUCUCGCUACAGGAUAUGUCUGACAAGAAAUCACCUCCAAGGAAGGAGAAGCCUUUCGUUGUCAGAACCCCACAACCAGAUGACAAGGGUAUGAAGAGAAAGCUGCUGUCUCCAGCAUCACCUACACAUGACGAUGAUGAUAAGAAAACUCCAAAUAAACGUAAACGUGGAAGUCUAAGCCUUGAAGCAUCGCCAAUGACCAAUCCUAAAACGCCUGGUGGAGGAUCACGCUCAGUACCGCUGUCAGAACGACAACAGUUAGCUAUGAUAAUGCGCAUGUCAGAUGAAUCAACUCAAGAGAAUACUUUGAGACCUUCAUCACCAACGGCGUUACUGCCUGGAAUCAAGAAAUCGCAACUAGACAAGAAGGUUUUCAAGCGUAACGAACGCGGAGAGAUGCCCAUACACCUCGCUGCAAUCAAAGGUGACAUCAAGCUGCUGAAGAAACUGAUCAAAGCUGGUGCCGACGUCAACGUAGCUGACUUUGCAGGCUGGACACCUCUUCACGAGGCCAGUAACAGGGGCUGGCUCUAUAUUGCUAAGCAGUUGCUGAAAGCUGGUGCGAAUGUGAAUGUACAGGGCCUCGAGAAUGAUACUCCACUCCAUGAUGCAUCUAUAAAUGGUCAUACAAAGUUAGUGGAAUUACUGUUGAAACAUGGAGCCAAUCCUCUCCAGCAAAAUGCUAAAGGGAAAACUCCACUAGAUGUGGCACCAUCUACUGACAUGGUGAAAAUUUUGAAGAAGGAGACAAUUUGCUCAGGAAGUGAUACCUCCAGUAUAGAAGAUGUGAGGUCACCAAUGUCUCCUGACAGCGUCCUUUCUUUGAAGGAUGAUGACAAGAGCUUAGACUCUGAAGAUAUGCACCAGAACAACAGGAGUGAGUCGUUUUCAUCAUCGUCUUCGAAUCGCAGGCUUUCAAUGCCUAAAUCUCCAGAUGGCAAGCUAUCAUCACCUAGACUGUGUUUAAAAUUUCAUCGUGAUAAUUUUGGUUACACAAACCAGAAAUCUUUAGACUCCAAUGAGCCACAGUACAAAUCAUAUAGUGUAACUAACAUGUCGGUUGAUUCAAAUAUUGAUACUCCAAUGUUUUCACCAUCAGACAGUCCGGCAUCGAGUGUUGACAGUGAUCUGUAUAAUCCAGGGCUCGAUAAUUUUACCAAUUUCUCAGGCAGCAAGUUAAAAAUAUCAUUACCAGACGAUGAAAAUUCAAAAUUUGAUUCAAGGUCAAAUUUAAUGAUUCCAGCUUUGCGGUUGGAUGGAAAUUCAUUAAAUGAAGCGAAAGAAGUAUUCCCGGAUAAAGCCACGGAUAAAAGUGAUGAGAAUAGUGAUCAUAACUCUAUCGUAGGUACAACUAGUGAUAUAAAUUCAAGUAAAUCAGUUUUAAAACCAAUGGAAACGUUACCAUUUAAUGCUAACGUACAGUGGAGCGAGUCUCGAAACGAAGAUUCUUUGGAUUUACCAGAUUUAGAAAUUGAUACUUCAGAUCCCAUUCCAGUAAAUAGUUACAAAAACAAUGGAAUUUCUGAUUUUGUUCAGGAAUGUAAUUUGGUUAGCUCGUCGAGUGUGAAAUCUCCAGGUCAAAGUGGGGUUAAUCAUUCCUCAGUAACAUCAAGUACGGAAUUACAACAGCCACCAGAGUUGCUAAACUCUGAAACUGAAAAGUCAGUUACGAAUUCAGUAGUGACUAGUAAUUCAACAAAUGAUUGUCCAAAACAAAGUGAUGAGGCGGACAACCAGUCUGAUAAUAUUGUAAAGUUGACAGAAUUGUCGUCAAACACAGUGACUAGUGCUGAAUCGGCAGAUUCCUGUUUGUGCUCUAUGUCCUCGUCAAAGACAGAGGACAGUGAUAAAAUAAAUAAUAUUGUACCUUGCUCACCAAAUCGAACUGAAAGAGACAGUAAAGAUUCCCGUCCCAGUACUCCAAAAGUUCCUCCAUUAAAAAUCAUUAUUCCCCCAAAGUCACAAGCCAUUUCAACACCUACACACACUAAUGAAAGGCUCAAAGUUGGGACUAAAUCUGCUUUACCAUAUGUGAUAAAUCCUUAUCAAGACCAGGACAGGGAAGCAGAUGCCCAACCUGAAGAAUCUGGACUUGAACAAACACAACCCAACUUGAAUACGUAUUUACAACCAGUCCAGAAUCCCAGUUAUUUGGAUGUUCCUAGUAAUUCGGAUAGUGAAUAUGUGAUGAAUUUGAAAAAGCUAGAAAGUGAUAAAAAUAGUGAUGAAAAUGUAGAUAUGGAAAUAGAUUAUAGUGAAGUGAAUAGUGUUAAACCAUCUCAGGAUAACGAGUUAGAUGAUAAGGAAGAUACAAAAAGUGAUAGUGAUUCUAAAAAAGACGAGAAUAAAAAGGAUGAGCCAACACAACGGGUUUUACGAAGUACUGUCAGAUCUCAACAACUGUCGACAGAAAGUAAACCACCCAAACAACAGAAACAGCCUGAAAAGCCAGAAAGAAGCAGUAAUUCAGAGUCACCGUCUUUCAAAGAUGACACAGCAGCUGUGGUGGCGACCAGCAAUCCAACCAAGGAAGAGGAAGACAUAUGUUUACAUCCUAGAAAACGGAAAGUUAAAUCCAAACCAGACUCAACCGAACCGAUACCUCAGGGUGAUGGUGACAGUCCUGUACCAAUAAACUCAAAUUUAGUGACAGAAAAAGUGCCAAAUCCGUUUGAGAUAUACAUCAGUCUAAGAAAAAAGAUUGCUAGUCGUCGCCGUGGUUACCUGGACAUGUUGAGUAUUUGUCCAAAGACUCCUCAGGGUUUCAAGGACUACCUGUUGAAGACAUGUAACUAUGUCCUGCAGGGUAACACUACAAGCACACUCUCAGUACCAACAUUGUCACCUCCAAAUUCUGUCAAAGACAAGAUGAGAGACCAGUUUGUACAACAAGAGAAAGCCAGGUAUAAACUACGUCUGCAGCAUCUUAUUGAACGGGAAAAACUGAUUCUGUCUAUUGAACAAGAGAUAUUGCGGGAACAUGGUCGUGCUGCACGUGCUAUAGCUAAUCAGGGUACACCAUUGAGUGUGUGUACAAUUCUCAGAGAUGAAGAGAUCUAUAACUUUACUGAGGACCAGGUUCGUCUAGAGGAGAAAGAUAAAAAGAACAGAACACGAUAUAACGGUCGACAAUUCCUGUCUUGGAUUCAAGAUGUUGAUGACAAGUAUGAAAAAAUCAAGGAACUGCUGAUUCUGCGACAAAAACAGGAAGCAGAUUCUCUGUAUGCUUACCAGAGACUGGAGUGGGAAUGGAGGCUUAAAGAACUCUCUAUGUGUGAAAGAAACGUUACACCAGAAAUUGACGAGUUACAUGUCCCGUUAGUGACUGUACAGGAUAAUUUUGACCUUUUGCCCACUUAGCACCCAUUGUAACAAGAUGGUGGUUUUAUUUCUAGCAGACUGCAGUCGGAAUUCUUACAAAUGGGAGGCGUUGUGAAUACGUAGAAAGGGUGUUUGUAAAAGUGGAAAUGGAUUGCAGUAUUGAUAAAUGCGUAAUGAAGAUGGAUUAAAAAGUGUCUUGGUACUAAAAAGAUAGUACAGUGAACCAUUUGGCCCUAGGCUGGUCCUAGCAGGUCAGAGGUGAAGGUCAUUUGUAAGUGGGCAAGGUCAUGCCACAUAGUAGCAUAGAGACAUAGAUGUUACAGCUGAUAAAAGUUUUUUUGCUGAUUCACUGUCGCGUUAUGCUGCCUGAACAAAGCAUCCAAUCAUGCGUUUUUUUGUCAUUUUGAUCAUGUAUUAAAUUAUUCUUGGGAACAUUUAACUUGGCCCAAUAAGUGUUGGAUCACUUGUCCAAUAAUAGCAUUGGGCCACAUGUCCAAUAAUAAUGUUGGCCCACUUGACCCAAUAACAGUGUUGGGCCACAUGCCCAUCAGUAGUGUAGGGCCAUAAGAACUAACAGUAUAGAUGUGCUUUUGAGACGGGUUUAAAUUGAUGUCGUAAUCAUGCUUUCAUAUUUGAGUGACUUGUUUGAAUGAUUUUUUUUCUUCUCAUUUUAGUUUUAAUAUUAAAAGAAUUUUUUUUUUUUUCAUCUUUUAAAGAAGUAGGUUCUCUGUGUUUCUUGCACUUCAGUAUUUUCUUUUUACACAUGUAUAAUAAAUAAAAGUUACUUCAUGCAGAACAGCCCCCUUUUUCAUACCUCUUGCUUUAAUAGAAAUCUUGAUCAUUUGAAAAAACAUGUUAAAUAUAUUAAUUAGAUGAGUGGGGAAGUUUUUGGAUCAAUCUAGAGAUAAAAUGCUUUAUAUUCUGUAUGACAGAGGUUAGCUCAAAAAAAAAUGUUUACCUGUGUAAAGAUUGCUUAUUUCUAAUUGCAAAUGCUUGGCAUAAGAGUGAAAUAUCCUAGAGACCGCUUUUCUUACCAUUUUGGAACAUUUUGUGCGAAAGAUUCUCAUGUAAGAGAAAGAUCUUUCAUAGAAAAAUAUUAUUUAGCAAUUUAUUAUAAAAGUUUCACCAACAGAUGUAUAGAACGAUCUUUGUUCAGUUUUCGUUGCUAAGGUACAGAAAAGAAAGCUUCUUUUAACAGCCUGAGUUUUUACUUUUGUUUGUAGCAUAUUUUAUUUGUUAAACAUUGAAGUAGAAGCCUAUUUAUGUCUGGUUUUGUUUGAAGAGUAGAUUAUGUUUUGUUUUGUUGUUUUAGAUACAUUAGUUUGAUAUAUAUAUUAGUGAGGAAAUGCCACUGCUAUUUGUGUACUAUUUAAAAACGACUGUUUGUUACCAUGGUUAAAGUUCUGAAAGAUAGAUAAUAGUUUAUAAAUAUCCUAUUGUUUUAGAGGGGAACAGUAUGCGCUUAUUGAAUGGCUUGCAAGUCAAUAGUCACAAACUAUUGCCAGAGGGCCAAAGGACCAAGGGUCAGUAGUUUUGACUAUUGACUGGCAAGCCAGUCGGUACUGGUAAGUGUUUUACUACAUCAGAAAUUAUUUUUUUCUCAGUUUUAUUUCUAAAGUUUUGACUUGGUAGCUCAGGAAACGUGUUGAAUAUAGACCAGUUGUUUAGCACAAACUUCAUUAUUUUCCACCACCUAGGCAUAGAGCUACAAAUCAGUAUAAUUUCUCCUUUGUUAUUCUUACAUGUGUUGUACUAUUACAAUUGAUCUUAAAUGUGACAUUUGGCUACCAGCCAAAAUACAGUAUCUUCUCUGUAAAAUACUAAGAGGUACUUCACUUUAUUGUCAGAUUGUUAAAACUUAAUUCUUUCAGUUAGGAAGCUGACAGAAACAUGUUUUGCAGCGAGUGUAUCCUAAUUGUUUUGUUGUGAAAACCUAAUUAUUAUAUUAUGUCUUAAAGCCAUUUUUUUUCUUCAUUGUGUCAGUGCAAGUGAAUUAAACUAAUAGAUAGGUUUGCUGGUAUUCAGGGCUUUUUUGGCUACAGUAGGGAAAAGGACCCAGGUGAAAACUGGGCUUAAUACUUGCAGUAAUUUUGGGACAACUGGGGAUUUAUAAAGACUGAAAUAAUUUGCUGUAUUGAGAAAAAAAAGUAAUUUUUUGUAUUGAGAAAAAAUGAAGUUAAAGGUGUAAAUUGUGAUAAUUAUUCCAUGUUAAUUACAUUAACAACACGCCUCAUUGCUUUUUCAAAGUCUUAAAUAUUUGGGAUCACUAAAAUCCUAACAUUCUUCAUUUUUUUAUCAUAUUGGUUAUAGCUCCGUGGCCUUGAAUAAGGUUUUAUUGGAAUUCAAUGGAAAUGCCCAGCAUUGCUGCAUAACAAUACACACUUGUUGAUGAAAACGAUGAACAAAAAAUCAAAACGGCAUUUCUCAUUGACCUGAUCGGGGCAAAAACUGUUACACACACUGUUUACGUAGGUUGUUCUGAAAUUUCUCUGUUCACAUUCAUUAAUGCAAAUGAUCAAAGGCACUGUUUGUUGUUUUGCAGCUGGUAUUGACUUGCCAUUCUAAACUAUCUGUUAACAUCAAGAGAAACACUCAAUUUAAGUGAUUUUCUUCGUCUUAGUAUCUUGUUUAAUUUACAUCUUAAAUGUUGCAAAAGUUACGGUUAAUAGUCAGCUGCUAUUUACGUUUCUUGUAAGCUGGGAUGCAUUGAUUACAGCAAGGCUAAAAAUGGAAAUAAUUUGCAGGAUUUUCAUGACAACUAGGGAAUAAUAAAGACAGAAAUGAUAUACUAAAUUCAGAAAUAAUAGAGUUCAGAGGUUUAAAUUAGAACAUUUAUUUCUUGUUCAUUAGGUUGACGGCACACUUUCGGCUUUCAAAGUCUAAAUAAUUGGGAUCACUAUUACGUUUCUUAGUUCCCAUUCUGUACAAAUAUACAUAAUUAACUACUGAGAUAUAUAUCCAGAAUAGCUACAAUAAUUCUUAAAAAAUGACACAUUCUCGGUUCCGUUGGGAAUGGUAAUUUUUACGGGAUAUAUUUAUGAAAAGCAUUUAAUGGGUCUUUUUUGUUGAAAUUGAGAAAAAUGAUAGAUAUAUUGGUUUAUGAAUGGGGCUGAUAUACAAGACAAAAUCUGUUGGCCAAAAAAAACCUGGAAUUGGUACCUGAUAAAUACCUACCUAAAACCCGCUUAGCUCAAUAGGGAGAGCGCAGAGCUACUGUUGCGGAGUCGUGAGUUCUAUCCCCAGGUGAGAUGCAUGUUCUCCGUGGUGAUUUAUGACAAGACAUAGUAUCUGAAAUAUUAAUCCUUCACCUCUGAUUCAUGUGAGGAAGUUGGCACUUACUAUGGGGAGAACAGGUUCGUACUGGUACAGAAUCCAGGAACACUGGUUAGGUUAACUGCCUGCCGUUAAAUAACUGAAAUACUGUUGAAAAAUGGCAUUUUGAUUAAACCCAAAACAAACGAACAAAAAUGAAAUGGUAGAUACCUGCCUAGACAGGAAUUAGUACCUACCCGAGGGAAGAGUUACCAUUCUUUGCAACACAUAUGAAUAAACUAUUUCAAAACUUCACUUACUGAUGUAAACAAAUUUUUCAUAAAAGAUUCUUUGCAAAAUAGUUUUUGGUUAUUUGAAGGAUGUAAAAUUGUAUUUAAUGUCUUUCUGUAUUUGAAUAGUUGUGGGCUUAUCUCUAUCCCACAUUUUGUUUGACAUGUAAAAGCUACCAUUUGCAAAAGCUGCCAGUUAUGUUAUUCUGCUAAGAAAUACAGAACAAGUUUGUAGUUUUACACACUGAAUUUACGCAAAUGAAAUACAAUUAAAACUUUUUAUUUAAACAACAAC